UGGAGGCGGGCGGCGGCCGUGGGUGUGCGCAUGCGCCGGGCGGGGGCCGUUGGGCAGCGCCCCCGCGGCGCGCGGGCAGCCGCUGAGGGGAGCGGGGCUUUCGCUGUACCCGGGUACCGGGGUAUCGGGGCUGCGGUACCGUACAGCGUUGUGGCGCGGCGGUGCGAGCGGACGGGGGGCCGCUGACGGGCGAGUUCGUGAGGCCGUAAUCUGGUGCCUUUCACUGUGUGUACAGAGGGAUAACACACUGGGCUGCAGUUAUAGUCAUUUGAGGUAUUUGUAGAAAAAUGAAAAUUUAGAAAGGGAGUUGCCAAAUAAAGAAGAUGGGAGCAAAUAGCAGCAGCAUCAGCGAGCUUCCAGAAAAUGAGUACUUAAAAAAAUUGUCAGGAGCUGAGCCCAUCUCUGAGAAUGACCCAUUCUGGAAUCAGCUGCUGUCUUUUAGCUUUACCACUCCAACAAACAGAACAAAAAAUAGGCAGACGGCUUUUUCCGUGUCUCUCCAUUUUCUUUCCUGCCUAAGUGAAGGAAAGCAAGCCACGGCUAAACUUUACCCAAGUGCUGACUUAAAGCUCUUGGAAGAAGCCACAAUCUCAGUCUGCAAGUCUUUAGUUGAGAAGAAUCCUCGAACGGGAAACCUUGGGUCGUUGAUUAAAGUCUUUCUUUCUAGAACCAAAGAGUUAAAAAUUUCAGCAGAAUGUCAGAAUCACCUCUUUAUCUGGCAGGCUCACAAUGCACUGUUUAUUAUUUGCUGUUUGCUGAAAGCAUUCAUCAGUCGAAUGUCAGAAGAGGAGCUGCAGCUUCAUUUUACUUACGAAGAGAAAGCACCGGGCUCAUACGGAACAGAGUGUGAAGACCUCAUAGAAGAGUUGCUGUGUUGCCUCAUCCAGCUCAUUGUUGAAAUUCCCCUCCUAGAUAUUACGUACAGCAUUUCCUUGGAAGCUGUGACAACUCUCAUUGUCUUCCUCUCCUGCCAAUUAUUCCACAAAGAAAUUCUACGAGAGAGCAUCAUUCACAAAUACCUGAUGCACGGUCGAUGUCUCCCAUAUACCAGCAGACUUGUGAAAACUUUACUAUAUAAUUUCAUUAGACAAGAAAGAAGCCCUCCUCCAGGGACCCAUGUCUUUCAGCAGCCGUCGGAUGGAGGAGGACUGCUUUAUGGGAUUGCAUCUGGGGUGGCAAGAAGAAGUGUGACAAACAGUUUGGGGCGCAGAAAUAACCAGCACAAGAUGGAGUUGUGUGUCAUCGAGGUUCCUACCUCAGGAGAUGGUAGAAACCUUUGCUGCCUUUAUGAUGAGUUCUUUCCGGGAGAAUGCUACCAGCAGGACCUUCCAAAGCACAAAGCAGAGGAGCUGUUCAGGUCUGAACACAGCCUGAUCUUUGCUUUCAACACUGCUGGGAGAGUGAGGUCUUCCUGGGCAUGCGCAGCACAAUCUCCAGGGCUGGGUGGUAUGGGCAGAGGCGCUAAGAGGGAUGGCACCAGGGGAGCUGAAGGUAAAAUCCUAUGGAGUUGAGAUUUCAGUAGGAUUAGGAGGCAGCUGCCUCCUACACAGGAGUUUUCAGGAACAUGAUUUUGGACUUAUGUGCCUAAAUUUUCUGCUUAGGAUCCAAAAGUUUGUUUCUAGUCAGCUCAUGCAAGCUAGAUAUCCAAAGCAGCACGUGCACUGGGGGAACAAGGUAAAUCUAGAUUGGAUAUUAGGACAAAUUUGUUUACUGAACGAGUGGUCAGACAUUGGAACACUGCCCAGAGAGGUGGUAGACUUGCCAUCCCUGGAGGUAUUGAAAAGACAUGUAGAUGUGGCGCUUCAGGGCAUGGUUUACAAGACGUGGUAGUGUUGGGUUGACGGUUGGACUUGAUCCUAGAGGUCUUUUCCAACCUUUAUGAUUCUAUGAUUCUAUCUCAACAAAGGCACAUGCCCAGCUGCCUCAGCCCCGAUCUCAGCACCAGAUAUGUGCUAGGCUGCCCCUGAGAGCAGUUGUUGUUUCCCAACAAAGAUGAAAACAUGCAUAUCGUUUUCCAACACCAUCCGCAGAAGCUCCUACCUCUACACUUCCACCACUGCAAGCCCUCAGCAGCUGGUUAUAAACAGUUCCACAUGUUGGGGAAACAGAAAAAGUGCCCUGUUUGUUUUGGAUUCGAUUGAUGAACACAAUGACCAUGUGAUAAUUCCCACCAUGUGUCAACUAUUUCUGUUUCACACCUCUCUUCAAGCUUUCUCUGACUGUCUUGUUGCUUCUGUGCUCUGCUGCUGCGAAGAAGCAGCAUGUGAAGGUGCUUUCCAUUGAAAGGCUGGUUUCUUCCACCAGAAGUACACAGAGGCAGGUGCAGAGGGGAGGGCAGAAAGGACCAAGGAGGAAAGCUGUAUUCAUGUGGUCUGUGAGAAGAGAUUCCCACAGUACGGUGGGGAAGGCUAUGGAAGUGUUUGAGGAUGUCAGCUUUUGCUAGUUUUAGUUUAUUGCAUCUGGAAACUUAGCCCUUUUGAAAAUAUUACAGUUCUUGUUCCAUAGGAAGGAGAAUUGAAACACUAAGGAAGUGUUGGAAGUCAUCGCUGAGAUCUCUUUUUACAUAUUUACUGUUUCCUCGAAGUCAUGAGACCCCAGAGGGGGCACUUUUUCUCGUCUGUUUAUUUUUCUCUAGUAAUGCUUGACUUGGAAAGGCUGUUAUGCAUAUAUUUCAGCGGUGCUGAUCCUUCUUCACAUUACCACUGUUCUGAGGUGGUUGUGUGUACUGAGGUGCAGAGGGGCUUCUAAUCCCAUGGACAAUGAUGGAAGUGCUAAUUGGUGAAAAUGCAUCUCGAGUAUCUCAAAGUAAGCAUUUGCAACUGAAAGUUAGUGUGUGUCUUGUGA